AUGUUAUCUAAUUACUGCGGCUAUCUUAGAGCCGGGCUGACCGUCUCCAGCCAUAUCCUUACCAGCUGCCGGACGCCGCACAAUAGGAGAAUACCGAGCAUAUUGAAGUUUCGACGUUUAAGCCGGAUACCGCAGAUUCACGAACUCUUUUUGCGAUAUAAUUCCUCUGCACCCAGUAUAGCUACCAGUCAAAAGCCAGAGCAAUAUUCACAACCGACAACGGGAAUUCUCGCUGCUCUUCCAAAGAAAUGGGUACCAUAUGCGGAAUUGAUACGACUAGACAAACCCACGGGCACCUACUAUCUAUACUUUCCUUGCCUCUUUUCGACCCUCCUUGCAGCGCCUUUGGCCAUGCCAACGGCUACUCCUCUCGAAGUUGCUUGGUUUUCUGGUCUAUUCUUCGCCGGAUCACUGGUCAUGCGAGGCGCAGGGUGUACAAUAAAUGACUUGUGGGAUCGGAACCUGGAUCCUCAUGUAGAACGGACAAAGUUUCGGCCAAUUGCGCGGAGAGCAAUUACUCCAAAACAUGCAAUCAUAUUUACUGGCGCUCAGCUCCUUUCCGGACUUGCGAUUCUCCUUCAAUUCCCUUUUGAAUGCUUCUGGUAUGCAACUCCAAGCCUUCUGUUCGUUGCAGCAUAUCCACUAGCAAAGCGGGUUACAAAUUACCCUCAAGCAAUGUUAGGGUUAACCUUUUCUUGGGGCGCGGUAAUGGGAUUCCCCGCGCUGGGGGUUGAAGUUUUGAGCGAUCCUAGCAUCCUCGCUGCAUGUGCCUCUCUAUAUGCGAGCAAUGUGGCCUGGACUAUACUUUAUGAUACUAUAUAUGCUCAUAUGGAUGUCAAGGACGAUGCUAAAGCAGGGAUAAAAUCAAUUGCUUUGGCUCAUAUUGAUAACAGCAAAUAUGUGAUGUCGGGGCUUGCAGCAGUUCAGGUCGGCCUGCUUGCUGCAGCUGGUGUAGCGGCCGGUGCUGGACCUGCCUUCUUUGUGGGUAGCUGUGGUGGUGCCAUGUUAUCAUUGGGAACUAUGAUCUGGCGAGUGAAGCUUACUGAUCCUAAAGACUGUUGGUGGUGGUUUAAAUACGGCUGCUGGUUUACGGGAAGCACUAUAUCCCUCGGUCUUCUUGGGGAUUAUGCCAUAAGAAGAUCUAAUUGA